AUGCAGGUUAACGAAUCUAGCCGUUUUCACCAAGUUAUACAUCAACAUAGGCAGAGAAAAACAAACUCUAUUGAACGGAUUCCGACAACGUUAUGUCAGCAAACGGCCAGCAAAUUCAAACCAGCAUCUGCUCGACAGCCACUGUCAUACAAACAUUUCUCUCAAGAAUGCGAACGCUCCUCCUCACUAAGUGAACUGGCUGCUCCAAAACAGAGUCAAGCCGAGGUGCUAGAAGCCGUCAUUGGGACUUCAGGUCCAGCUGACAGCGAUUCGGCCUCCAAAACCGCGGCCUCUUCAUUGAAGACUGGUCACUCUAUCUAUGACCGUGUCGCUGCCGCUCUUAAUCACUCCGAAGCUCUGCCUGCCCAAAUUCUGGGGCUAACGCCCGAUCAUCGGAGGCAUUCGGCCUUUGCAUCUACUACCACAAAUGUAAACACAUCUGCAGAUCAUUUGAAGUCUACUUCCGGUUCAAGUCAGCUAAGCUCAGGAUCUUCUUACUCUGGUUCUGUGGGUAAGCAGCAGACAUCAGUCACAUCAGUCGCACCAGCCACGCCAUCUGGCAGUAUCACUACAGGCACCACGACCACAGCGAAAUCGCACGUUUCAACGCACGUGCGACAACGCCUCAAAGACUGUGUGCUUAAUAAGAGGCGAAGUAAAGAGAGCGCGACCACAGGCUCGGGAGCAACUUCAUUUAUUUCCCCCUCUAUGGAUUUGGAUGAUGAUCGAGGUCAUACUGCAACUAGUGGUUCCAUACACCGAGACUCCCAUGCAGCUGAUACUGAGUGUGGUUUUCCUCUAGGAUACGGAAUCUCGCCUAUGAUGUUCGCGGCAGGCCAAUUUGUUGCUGGUCGACAAUCCACCUUCCUCUCGGAUUCUGGAAAACCGUUUGGCAAUCUUCCGCCGUGGGUGUUCAUGGCGUUGUCUGCAGGACAAGAAUUACAGUCAAACAUUGAUGCUCCUAUGGUGGCACCAAGAAACACUUCAGCAGUACUCCGCAAAACGCAUUCAGAGCCUAGUCUCAAAAUUCGGGGUAACAGCGGAGGACUGAAACACAGGUCCAUUAGAAACGAGAAAAGAAAUGUUAAUCCUUUGGUUGUAGCUGCAGCCGUGGUGGGCUCAGCUUCAUACUUCCCGAUUCAUACUCGUGGAUCACGAAGUAUUAGUGAGGCUGGAGAUAUUGGACAGUGUUUGGGGCUCCACAAAGCCUCUUCACGCCCCUUACCUGUGCUCCCUCAGCUCACACUUGAAAAGGACGAGAAUCUAAAACACUCCAAAGAAAGUAUGUGUAUGCCAAUGGAUGUUGCUGGUGAGUCUGAUGACCGACCAGGAGCCUCACAAAUAAACUACAACACAAACGAUGUGGAUAUGAGUGAAACUCAGGAGCCUGCUGCAGAUUCACCUCAAUUGGCUGAAGACACCGAAACAGUUCAGGAAUUUAUCUCCUCGCUCGCCGCUAGUCCAGGUGCAAUGAGUGGAGGGUUAUUAAAAGCUACUCAGAAUUACCUGAACAUUGUGCGUGAAUAUCUAAGACAUGAAAAAGGUAAAAAUAACUUGGGAAAUAGUCCGAAGAUUAACAUGGACCAACAAAUGAAUUUGUCAGAAGAUAAUGCAGCUUUGGUUGAGGUUGGUAGAGAUAGACAACAGCCCAAUCAGGCACCUUAUCGCCGAUGCAGGCAGGUUUCCGGUCUUCUUAGUCGAACUCGUUCUGCUCCUAUUCGAUUAACAGGAAAUAUAGGUCGUGGAGCUCUUGGAGCUUCAGCCAGUUUUGAAAGCACGUCAGGAGGUAGUGUCAAUGAUGGAAGUGGAUCCAGCGGAGGCCUGUUGCUGUCAGCCGCAUCAGCGGUAGCAAUGGAGGCAGCCACUUUGACAUCAACAACUACCUUGAAAUCUGCUAGCAAGUCUGCCACAAAUUCUGGCUUACCUGAUGACGAACAACGCAGCAAAAUCAUGCAACAGCUGCGGAAGAAACUACUUGAGAAAAAUGAAUUACCAAGCAGUGACCGCUUGUCAGGUUCAUCCACAAGUGUGAAUCCUUGUGAUUCACUAUUUCCAAGAGGAAAACACAAUCCCAGUCCGCUUCUGGAGAGAACCGCUUCAAGUCCUGUUGUCACACUGGCUAGACGUCCUACUACCGACAUUGCCGCGAGCACAGCGUUCACUACGGUUCUGGCCUAUGACGUCGGAAUGCUAGCCCACAGGUGUACGUGUCAAAUCGACGCAAACCAUCCGGAAAAUCCUUCGCGACUGGUCGCCAUUUGGCAGCGGUUGCAGUCGUCGGGUCUUGCAGCAGAAUGUCAACAUCAACCUGGGCGUCGAGCAGCGCUGACGGAACUCCAGUUAGCGCAUCGAGAUGUGUACACUGUACUUUUUGGGAGCAACCCGGCGAGUCGAUCUAGAAUCGACCCUUCACUUUUGGCCACCGUUCGACUUUGUCGACUCCCCUGUGGGGGCAUCGGAGUGGACUCAGACACCGCUUGGCACACUGCCGGCCACACCGCACACGCAGCUCGUCUCGCCGCAGGCUGCGUCAUAGACCUCGCCUGUCGCAUUAUUCUGCGUCAGGUACCCAAUGGUUUCGCUUUAGUUCGACCCCCUGGACACCAUGCUGAGCCCGGACAGGCGAUGGGAUUCUGCUACUUUAAUUCCGUCGCCGUGGCUGCAAGACGUACGCAACUCCUCCGCGCUAUGCUUCCCUUUGAUGAUAGUGGGUGUCUAGGGCCAAAUCCUUUAGGAUUCCCAACAUCGACAUCGUACGGCACCUUAGCUCUUCCUAAUCUUGAAAAGUCCAGGAUAAUGGAUAAGACGGGCGAGCAUCCAAAUAUUACGAAAAUUAUGAUAAUUGACUGGGAUGUACAUCAUGGAAAUGGUACGCACACUGUGUUUUACUCUGACCCGACAGUUCUCUACAUAUCUCUACACCGCUAUGACGAUGGCGCAUUUUUUCCCGGCACUGGGGCACUGGAAGAAGUUGGUGGAGGGAUGGGGGUGGGCUUUACGAUCAAUAUUGCCUGGCCAAGUGGAAUCACAAUGGGUGAUGCCGAGUACCUGGCGGCCUUCAGGCAUAUAGUUCUCCCCGUGGCUCGGGAGUUUGGGCCUGAGAUGAUUCUUGUCUCCUGUGGAUUCGAUGCUGCUCCAGGCCAUCCAGCAAAUUUAGGUGGAUAUAACGUGAGUCCAGCAGCAUUCGGAUGGAUGACACGACUACUGACGAAUCAAGAGAUUGCGGGUGGACGCGUGGCUCUUUGUUUAGAGGGUGGAUAUGAAUUGAACAGUCUCUGUGACUGUACUGAAGCCUGUGUGCGCGCACUGUUGCGAUCAACUUAUGAAAGAUCGUCCGGUCUCCAAGAUGCUCCUCUUUUGUACCGUCUUCCUGAGGCAGAACGGACUCGGCAACCUCAUCCUGCGGCAAUGGAGACACUGAAAAAGGUAGCACAGGUCCACACCCCGUACUGGAAAUGUCUUUCAACUGUCAAAUUCGGUGAAGCGCCAGCUGAGACUUGGCUUCCAGGAGGAGAAGAGGAAGAACGUGCUCCCCUUUCUGGAGUAGGAAAGGUUGGAUCGGUUAACGAGACUGACCAGCGUAGACGGUCGUCGUGGAAACUCGACGGGAAAAAUAAGCCUAGCUCCUGGCCUGAAACGGAGCUGGUUUUAAAUACUAGCAUCAGCGGUUAUCAGCAGACAAACCCACGUAAGUUUGUGAAACAGGCCUGCUUGGAGGAGGAUGACUAUAGCAACGCAAUAGAGAAUACACCGUUGGACAUGACAGCAAAAUCGAUGAACUACCCUUCUCACGAGACGAAGAUAAAACAGGCCCUCAAUCCAGAAGCUUGUGUACGUGAAAACCACGGAGAAUCUACUGACCCAAUCACAGCUGCUGCGCUGGCCGGACUAGCUGAUCUUCACGUAACUCCACAGACUACAAAAAAUCUGUGA